AUGCCCAUCCACAGACACAUUAAAAAUGUGGUACAUAACUAUACCGAUGCAGAGAGAAAAGUUCGUGAGGCAACCUCUAAUGAUCCCUGGGGCCCGAGCAGCACGCUAAUGGCCGAGAUUGCGGACAAAACUCAUAAUGUGAUGGCUUUUACGGAAAUAAUGCAAAUGAUCUGGCGGAGGUUAAAUGAUAGCAAAAAUUGGAGACACGUUUACAAGGCCCUAGUGGUUCUUGAAUACAUCACGAAAACGGGAAGUGACAAAGUUGCUACGCAAUGUCGUGAAAAUAUUCAUUCUAUAGAGACAUUGAGGGUAAGUGGCUGUUCAUUCGCUGAAUUUGUUCAACGUUCGAUAUGGUUUCUGUUUUUUCUGGUUCAUUACUACGGUCCGCCUGUAUUUCGUGGUUUAAACCCAAAAACGUUCCAUAACUUGCUUGUGGCCGGACUACUGUCAGGUUGUUCAGGUCAAGGUAGGUGA